GUCGUCGAGAUGCGGCAGCUCAUGAGGUCGUAGAGGGAGGUUCGGGCUCUGGUUCCACCGCGAGCAUUGUGAGCGGAUGAUGGGCUCUGCGGCUGCUCACACGCCAUGGGCUCUGCAGCUCGGUGUGGUGCUGACCUUCCUGCUGGCCACUGGCUCCCAGGGGCUGAACCAUGAGGGCUGGCUUCUCCUGACGCUGAAGAAGCAGAUGGUUGAUACCUUCCACCACCUUGACGACUGGAGCCCGGGGGAUCCAUCGCCGUGCGGGUGGAAGGGUGUCAACUGCUCGUCGGGGUCCAAGCCGGCGGUGGUGUCCCUCAACCUCAGCAACAUGAACCUGUCGGGCACCGUCGACCCGGGCAUUGGUGAUCUGGCAGAGCUGACUUACCUUGAUCUGUCAUUCAAUGGGCUGUCUGGUACUAUCCCUGCAGAGAUUGGGAAUUGCUCGAAGUUGGUGGGGCUCUACUUGAACAACAACUACUUUCAGGGCACGAUCCCUCCCGAGCUCGGGAAGCUAGCUAUGCUGACCACAUUCAACCUGUGCAACAACAAGCUCCUUGGCGCAAUACCUGAUGAGAUUGGUAACAUGGCAUCACUUGAGGACCUGGUAGGGUACAGCAAUAACCUCUCCGGUUCUAUACCCCGUUCUAUCGGUAGGCUCAAGAACCUGAGAACGGUCCGGUUAGGUCAGAAUGCGAUAUCUGGUAACAUUCCUGUGGAGAUAGGUGAAUGCCUCAACCUGACAGUGUUUGGUCUUGCACAAAACAAGUUAGGAGGGCCAUUGCCUAAGGAGAUUGGGAAACUGAGUCUCAUGACAGACUUGAUAUUGUGGGGAAAUCUUCUUUCUGGUGUGAUUCCCCCCGAGAUUGGAAACUGCAUAAAUCUUAGGACAAUUGCCCUCUAUGACAAUAAUCUAGUUGGUUCUAUUCCUUCAACAAUUGGGAAAAUCCAGAACCUUCAGAGGCUGUACCUCUACAGGAAUUUAUUAAAUGGUACAAUUCCAUCAGAAAUUGGGAAUCUUUCUCUUGCAGAAGAGAUUGACUUUUCAGAGAAUGCUUUAACUGGUGGUAUACCAAAGGAAUUUGGCAACAUUCCACGAUUGUAUUUACUCUAUCUCUUCCAAAACCAACUCACUGGGCCUAUUCCUACGGAGUUGUGUGUAUUGAAGAACCUGAGUAAGCUUGAUCUUUCGAUCAAUACACUCAGUGGCCCAAUUCCAGGCUGUUUUCAGUACAUGAGCAAGCUAAUUCAAUUGCAACUCUUCAACAAUAUGCUGUCAGGUGACAUACCUCCAAGAUUUGGUAUCUAUAGCCGACUUUGGGUGGUGGAUUUCUCAAACAACAAUAUAACUGGGUUGAUACCUCGAGACCUUUGCAGGCAAUCGAACCUUAUUUUGUUGAAUCUGGGGUCUAACAAACUGAUUGGGAAUAUUCCCCAUGGAAUCACCAGUUGUAAGUCCUUGGUGCAGCUUCGUCUCGCUGAUAACAGUCUGACAGGAAGCUUCCCAACUGAUCUCUGCAAUCUGGUGAAUUUGACAACAAUUGAGCUAGGUCGAAACAAGUUCAGUGGGCCUAUUCCUCCUCAGAUAGGCAAUUGCAAGGCUCUUCAAAGGCUUGACCUAACAAACAAUUACUUCACAUCAGAGUUGCCCCAAGAAAUAGGUAAUCUGUCAAAGCUUGUUGUCUUCAAUAUUUCAUCCAAUAGACUAGGAGGAAGCAUACCAUUGGAAAUUUUCAAUUGCACUAUGUUGCAGCGUCUAGAUCUCAGCCAAAAUAGUUUCGAAGGUUCAUUGCCAAAUGAAGUUGGCAGGCUUCCUCAGCUGGAGCUGCUAUCAUUUGCUGACAAUAGGCUCUCUGGGCAGAUACCACCUAUUCUUGGUAAACUUUCACAUUUGACAGCUCUACAGAUUGGUGGCAAUCGAUUCUCUGGUGGAAUACCAAAGGAGCUCGGACUGCUCUCAAGCCUGCAGAUCGCCAUGAAUUUGAGUUAUAACAAUCUUUCCGGCAACAUACCAUCAGAGCUUGGUAAUCUUGCCUUAUUAGAAAAUUUGUUUCUCAAUAAUAACAAAUUGACUGGUGAAAUCCCAGAUACUUUUGCAAAUCUGUCCAGUUUGCUUGAGUUCAAUGUCUCCUACAAUAAUCUCACUGGUGCUCUCCCCACUAUACCGCUGUUUGAUAACAUGGCUGCAACCAGCUUUCUGGGAAACAAAGGGUUAUGUGGCGGACAACUUGGCAAGUGUGGGUCUGAGUCAGUGUCUUCUUCCCAGUCAUCCCAUUCAGGUAGUCCCCCUUUGGGCAAGGUCAUAGCCAUCGUUGCUGCUAUUAUUGGAGGAAUUUCACUUAUUCUUAUUGGUAUAAUCGUGUACCAUAUGAGAAAACCACUAGAAACAGUAGCUCCUUUGCAAGACAAGCAAAUGUUUUCUGCUGCGUCUAACAUGCAGGUUGCCACCAAGGAUGCAUAUACAUUUCAGGAAUUAGUUUCUGCUACAAAUAAUUUUGACGAGAGUUGUGUCAUUGGAAGGGGUGCUUGUGGAACAGUGUACAGAGCCAUCUUGAAGGCUGGACAGACAAUUGCUGUAAAGAAGUUGGCUUCUAACAGAGAAGGAAGCAACACAGACAACAGUUUCCGUGCAGAGAUCCUUACUCUAGGAAAGAUAAGGCAUCGAAAUAUUGUGAAGCUAUAUGGGUUCAUCUAUCACCAGGGUUCCAACCUUCUGUUGUAUGAAUACAUGCCAAGAGGAAGCCUUGGGGAGUUACUUCAUGGGCAAUCUUCUUCACUUGAUUGGGAGACACGCUUCAUGAUAGCCCUAGGGGCAGCUGAAGGGCUUUCUUACUUGCAUCACGAUUGCAAACCUCGCAUCAUACACCGUGACAUAAAAUCUAACAACAUUUUACUUGAUGAGAACUUUGAAGCACAUGUUGGUGAUUUUGGAUUGGCAAAGGUGAUAGACAUGCCAUACUCAAAGUCAAUGUCUGCGAUUGCUGGUUCAUAUGGAUAUAUAGCACCGGAAUAUGCAUACACCAUGAAGGUUACUGAAAAAAGUGAUAUAUACAGCUACGGUGUCGUGCUGCUGGAGCUGCUAACCGGACGUGCCCCUGUACAACCAUUAGAAUUGGGAGGUGAUCUGGUAACUUGGGUGAAGAAUUACAUCAGGGACAAUUCUUUGGGUCCAGGCAUUCUUGAUAAUAAUCUGGAUUUAGAAGACAAAACAUCUGUCGAUCAUAUGAUUGAGGUCUUGAAAAUUGCAUUGCUAUGUACUAAUAUGUCUCCAUAUGACAGACCACCGAUGCGGCAUGUUGUAGUUAUGUUAAGUGAGUCUAAAGAUAGGGCCAGGAUGAGCUCUUCAUCCUCACCUGCUUCUGAUCAUUCUUCAAAGAAGGAUAACUCAUAUAAAUCAAAUUCAAGACAGAUGAAGAUAAAUCAAAUUCAAGACAAAGAUGAAGAUGAACAUGUUCUUCAGAGUGUCGGGGAUGUGCCAGUCAUCCCGCGCGUCAGCGUUUGUUCAGCGGCAGCGCGGGAGCCGCAUCACUCUCAGCGUCCACUUCCACCGAACCGAAGACCCUGGCGUCGUCCACGGUCCACAUCCACCAUGGCGGGAGAGGAGGCGAGGAACCUGCACGUCGUGCUCUUCCCCUUCCUCGCGCACGGCCACAUCCCGGCGUUCCUCCGCCUCGCCGGCCACCUCCAGGCGCUCCGCCCGGGCCUCGACGUCACCCUCGUCUCCACCCCACGCCUCCUCGGCUCCCUCUGCCCCCCGGGAGCCACCUCCCCUCCUGUCCAGCUCCACGCGCUCCCCUUCACGCCCGCCGAUCACGGCCUGCCCGAUGGCGCCGAGUCCCUCGCCGACCUCCACGUCCAUCAGUUCAUCACCUUCUUCCAGGCCUCGGAGUCCCUCCGCCCGGCCUUCGAUGGCUUCGUCGCUGGCAUCGCGUCCCCAGUCUGCAUCAUCGCCGACGCCUUCUUCGCGUGGACGGCCGACGUCGCGCGCGCGCGGGGGGCGUCCCACGCCGUGUUCCUCCCCGGAGGCGCCUUCGGUAACGCCGUCUUCUUCUCCGUGUGGGAGCACCUCCCGCACACACUCACGGCCGGCGACGAGUUCCCACUGCUCGACUUCCCUGACGUCGUCCUCCACCGCACCCAGCUCCCACGGUUCAUGCUCGCCGCGACGGGGACGGACCCCUGGACGGCCUUCUUCCGGCGGGUGAUCGCGUCCUGCCGUAAGACCAACGCGGUGCUCGUCAACACCGUCCAGGAACUGGAGCCCUCCGGGCUAGCCAUGCUCAGAGCGAUCUUCGGUGUCCAGAUAUUACCAAUCGGGCUGGUCCUCACGGCGCCGGCUCCGUCGAAAUCGCACGACGACGAUGACGCCAGAAUCAUCGAGUGGCUGGACGCGCACCCCCCGCGCUCGGUCCUGUACAUCUCGUUCGGGUCGCAGAACAGCAUCAGCAUCCAUCAGAUGGCGGAGCUAGCGCUGGGCCUGGAGGCAAGCGGGCGCCCGUUCCUCUGGGCCGUGCGGCCGCCGGUAGGGUUCGAACCCACGGGUGGAUUCGAUCCCAGGUGGCUCCCCGCCGGAUUCGAGGACCGCAUCGCGCAGGCAAGCAAGGGAUUGCUGGUGCGCGGCUGGGCGCCGCAGGCGCGGAUCCUGGCGCACCCGUCCACGGGCGCGUUCAUGACCCACUGCGGCUGGAACUCCAUCCUCGAGGGCGUCUCCCACGGCGUGCCGCUGCUCGGGUGGCCGCUGGGGGCCGAGCAGUUCUUCAACGCGAUGGUGGUGGUGGAGUGGGGGGUCUGCGCGGAGGUGGCGCGCGGGAACCUGGAGAGCUCGGCCGUCGAGAGAGGGGAGGUGGCCGAGGCCGUGGGGAUGGUGAUGGGGGAGACGGAGAAGGGCGAGGGGAUGAGGAGGAACGCCGGGGCGACCGCGCGCGCGAUGGCGGCGGCGUGGCAGGGGCCGGGCGGGUCGUCGGCGGUGAGCUUGGAGGGGUUUCUCAGAUGCGUCGAGACGUCCUUGCUCUUGCGCUAAGAUGCGUGCUUGUUGACACAGCUUGAAUGGCUAGCGAUUUCUGCGAGAGGGGAAAACCAGCCGUCUGUAAUUACAUCGCAUAUCGCCAUGCCAAUUCUCUCUUUCAGAUUUCUCUCAGUUUUAAUGUUUAUCAGAUGUAUUUUUGAAUCUUGAUUUUAGAAUCACUAGCUACUAUAGAUAGAUUUACAAUGAGUGGCCACCCGGUGGUUACAGGCACCCGAGACUAUAAGAGUUGGGUUUGGUCUUCUGUUCUAAAUUUCUAAUCUAAGUGAGACGCUGAACCAAGUCAAAUAACGUAGGUAAAGAUAGAACUACAAGUAUUGCUGUGAAUUUUCUUCCGCAUGACCCGCACGACCACACCUUGUUGGCUGACUCUUUCCAAGCAAUGACGUCGCGUCUUGCAUCCUCGCUAUCUGCAGUCGAGGAAUCUCCUUCGAAACUGUCGUUUGUCGCGAGUCCCCUCUCAAACAUCAUCAUUGUCAUGGCUCGCUCAAUCUUAUGCUGCCAUGGUUGAGGACAUCGUCAAGAGUUUGGAGGCAUGAGUUGGUGGCUAUGGUUGGGCUUAGGGUAGUGGUGCUAAUUAAUAUGGAGUGCAAAGUUAUGACGGCUAGGGUUAGGCUAGCAUGCUAUCAGGUGAUAUUGUUAAUGGAUUGAUGAGUGUAUAUGUUGUAGAGAAGCUGUUGGGCUAUUGGAUGAGAUACUAUGAAUCAAAGUUAGUCUAAUUGGUUAACACAAGAACAAGGUCGAACCACCCAAAAAAGAUUGGUAUUCGUGUGGUUGAGGCUUGACCAACAAUUCGGCUUCAGUCUCUAUUUAUUAUGGAUACCUCCUAAAUUUUACUAGUGAUACUACUAGGUUUUAUGAGCAAAAUCAUUAAGGGUGUGUACGUUGCUACACUAAGAGCAAUUUUAAUAACAUAGUUAGACGUUAAGUCUAAUUU